UUCUGCCUUCCAAUUUCGAGCUUGAAUUUAUUUAUUUCUUUUUUUGAGCUUAAAAGGACUGUCUCUUAAGUGAAUUUUGAUGUUUCAAGAGUUUCUAUGUUUCUUUCAAGUGAAUCUGGAGAUGGGUUUUUAAUUUUAAGCAUGGUUGUUUCGUAUAUUUUGCUCUUUAGUUUAUUUUUUUUUGUUUUUGUUUUUUUUUUUGGUUAGUUUGUGAUGUUCAAAAAGUUAGGACAUUUAGAUCUGGUGUUGAUAGAUUAUGUUUUGGGUUGCUAAGGUUGAGGGGGCUAUGUUAGUCUGUUUUGAAAACUGGGGCAUUGAAGAACGGAUCUAAUUCAAUAACAGUUGUUGAGUGCAUGCCAAGGUCUUUGUGGUAGUGUGAAAAUGGUGUCUUUGUCUUCUUGAAUUUUGUUGAAUUUGACCUGGAGUGGACUAUAACUGUAUUAGAAUUCAAGAUUUUCUCUUCCAGUGUGGAUUAGACAUUAGUUAGGGGAUAAAAUGAGGGGCCAAGGUGAUAAUUUCCACUUGUAAAAGAAGCGCACAAGAAACUAAGAGUUGCAAAUCAUACACGUGGUAUGACCACGGUGAUCAGAGGAAUUUAUUCAUGAAUUUGGAAUCAACUCAACAAGGAUUCAUGUCAAGAUAAGAGUUAAAUCGUUAAAAUUGUCAUAACAGUCGAUGCAUACAGGUACUUAAAAGUCAUCAUGCCCACAUUUUAAUCAUGGAGUUUGGUUCCACAAACAAACGGGGAAUUUUCCGCCAUGCUGUUUUUACUGAUUAUGGAAUUCUGUGCCUUGUUUUUUUCUUUUCCAUUUUGAAUGUGAUUUUAGUUCUGCAUUUUAUGCUUGGGCAGGUAUCUUUGCAUAGCUGCUGAUAACGAAACGCUAAUACAAGUUUAUUUUCCAACUCAUCAGAUUGACAUUCCCAAGCUGUGCCAUUUUCUGUGGUCCUUUUAUGGGGUUUUUUUGCUGGCAAAGCAAUUAUGUUAAGUAUAUUUGUUGCAUUCAUGGCAACUAAGUUGGUGCAAAUGUGAGAGAUCGUGUAGAUCUUUAGUUAGAAUUUGCUGUCAUUUCGUCAAUUGUUGAAAUAAAUAUGCGCUCGUGGUGGGGGAAGUCUUCAUCCAAAGAGGAAAAUAAGAAAGCAAACAAGGAAAGUUUCAUUGAUACAAUAAAUAGGAAAUUGAAGAUUACAUCAGAAGAAAAGAGCAAUGGUAAAUCAGGAGGAUCUUGGAGAAGUUGUAAAGAUACUCUUUCAGAAAGGGGCUCUUUAUCCCGUGUCCCAUCAAGAUCACCAUCACUUUCCUCACAUGUAUCACGUUGUCAAAGUUUUGCUGAAAGGCCUCAGGCUCAACCACUUCCACUUCCACUUCCACCUCCACCUCCACUUCCGGGGGUGUGCCAUACUAGCAUUGGGCACAGUGAUUCUGGAAUUGGUGCUUCAGUGAAAACAGGAUUGGAAGGAGGUGCCAAGCCGUUCCAUCUUUUGCCCCCUCCACGACCAGGACAUGUCCCUAAUAGACUGGACCAAGCAGACACAGUGGGGGAUAUAGCCACUGCUUCCGUGUCCAGUGAUAGCUCCAUAGAUAGUGAUGACUUGUCUGAAUCACGAGCCCUUAGCCCACUCACAUCUGACUAUGAAAAUGGGAACAGAACUGCUGUGAACAGCCCUCCAAGCAUUAUGCAACAGGAUCAAUCCCCAAUUGUAAAUAAAAAGAACUCAAUAGAAACUUUGAAACCUGCUAAUUUACCUGUAAAUAAUCAGAUUCUGCCUACACCACCAAAACGGGCAAUUUUUAGCUCUCAAGUGCAGAAUUUACAGAUUCCUCAUCGAGGAGCAUUCUUUAGUGCUCCAGACAGCUCAUUGUCGAGUCCUAGAAGCCCAAUGAGAGCAUUUGGCACUGAGCAAGUUAUCAACAAUGGUUUCUGGGCAGGAAAGACCUACUCAGAUAUUGGUUUACUAGGAUCUGGACAGUGCUCGAGUCCAGGUUCAGGUUAUAAUUCUGGGCAGAACUCGAUAGGUGGAGAUAUGUCAGGACAGCUUCUUUGGCCAAACAGUAGAUGCAGUCCUGAGUGUUCUCCAUUACCUAGCCCCAGAAUGACCAGCCCAGGUCCCAGCUCCAGAAUACACAGUGGUGCUGUCACACCUCUGCACCAUCGAGCUGUAGGGGUUACCAUAGAGUCGCCUACAAGCUGUCCUGAUGAUGGAAAGCAACAAAGCCACCGCUUGCCUCUUCCCCCGAUAACAACCUCAAACACCUGUCCCUUUUCUCCUACCUAUUCAACUACAACAUCUCCUUCAGUGCCUCGAAGUCCUAAUAGGAUGGAGAAUCCAACAAGUCCUGGUUCACGCUGGAAGAAAGGUCGUUUACUUGGGAGAGGCAGUUUUGGAGAUGUAUAUCUUGGGCUUAACAGUGAAAGCGGUGAGUUGUGUACAAUGAAGGAGGUAACUCUAUUUUCAGAUGAUGCAAAAUCAAAGGAAAGCGCACAGCAGCUGGGACAGGAAAUUAUGCUUCUGAGUCGCUUAAGACAUCCUAAUAUAGUGCAGUAUUAUGGAUCUGAAACGGUGGAGGACAAAUUAUAUAUAUACUUGGAGUAUGUGUCUGGUGGCUCCAUCUAUAAACUUCUUCAAGAAUAUGGCCAAUUCGGUGAAAUAGCUAUUCGUAGUUACACCCAACAAAUCUUGAGUGGGCUUGCUUAUUUGCAUGCUAAAAAAACUGUCCAUAGAGACAUUAAAGGAGCUAAUAUUCUGGUUGAUCCCACUGGCCGUGUGAAACUGGCAGAUUUUGGGAUGGCAAAGCAUAUAUCUGGGCAGUCUUGUCCAUUUUCAUUCAGAGGAAGCCCUUACUGGAUGGCUCCUGAGGUUAUAAAGAAUUCAAAUGGUUGUAAUCUUGCUGUUGAUAUAUGGAGCCUAGGGUGCACUGUCUUGGAGAUGGCAACAACAAAACCACCUUGGAGCCAGUAUGAAGGGGUUCCUGCUAUGUUUAAGAUUGGAAACAGCAAGGAACUUCCAGAAAUCCCUGAUCAUCUUUCAGAUGAUGGAAAGGAUUUUGUGCGGCAAUGUUUGCAACGGAACCCAUCACAUCGCCCAACAGCUGCUCAACUUCUGGAUCACCCUUUUGUGAAAAAUGUUGCUUCCAUGGAGAGGCCAUUUGUUUCCAUUGAGCCUUCAGAAGAACUGCCUCCAUUUAUGAAUUCAGGAAGAUCAAUGGGAACUGGACCUGCAAGACAUGUUUCAGGCUUUGACUCAGACGGGAUUACUAUCCAUCAAUCUAGAGGGUCAAAAUUUGGUUCAGGGUUUAGUAAUGUCUAUACAAUGAAGAACUCGUCAUGCCCAUUGUCUCCUGUUGGAAGCCCUCUUCUCCAUUCAAGGUCACCGCUGAAUUUGAGUGGAAGGAUGUCUCCAUCUCCUAUAUCUAGCCCUCAUACUGCAUCUGGUUCAUCCACACCUCUCUCUGGUGGUUGUGGCGCCAUCCCAUUUCAUCACGCAAAGCAGCCCAUUACUUGCUUGCAAGGAAGCAUAGGAAUGAUCCCUAGGUCCCAAAGUAGUUUCUAUCCCAAUAGCAGUAGCCCUUAUCAGGAGCCAAAGCCUGAUCUAUUUCGAGGUGUGUCACAAGCCUCUUGUGUUUUCCGGGAAAUAAUUUCUUCAGAAUACAGUGCUCUUGGAAAUCAGUUGGGACAGCCUGAACUCUAUGAUAGGCACCCUGUUUUAGCUGAUCGCGUGUCCCAGCAGCUCCUAAGGGAACAUAUGAAAUUGAAGCCCUCCCUGGACCUAAAUCCUAACUCAUCAAUUAUUGGCCACUCCAACGGAAUCUAAAGUCUAAACUAUGCAUGAAUCCAUUCAUUAUCAGAAAAAGUUUUCUUGGCACUGUAACUCCUGAUGCUUCCUUUAUUUUUUUCAUUCUAAUCAAGGGGAGACAAAUCAUAUCCGUGUGCUAAAAAUAAAGACUGGACAAGUGAUCCUAGUUGGUCAGAUCUUUUGGAAGCUUCAAGGGCUGGAGAGAUUUCUUGGAAAUUGCCUUGGAGCUUUGUUUCAUAGUUCUUAUGGCAAGCAAUCAGUUAGCUUAGAUAUGGGAGGACUCAAGUAUGGAAAAUUGGUAGCACUUGCAAACUGUUCUACUUGUGUUGGUGAUUGAAGCUCUUUACCUGGCAGCUAUAUACUUUACUGAAGUCACUAACUCUUUUUUUACUCGCAACUUUGCUGGCCAAAAUUCGUGUGCAAACUCUUUAGUGUAUGAAGAUUUUGAUUAUGCCGAGAAAAUUGCCUUCUGAGCUCCCAUAUUCAUCUGCUCCUCAAAAUCAAGUGUAUAACUGCUAGUAUAUAGAACCGAGAUUUAUUAUACUUGGAAUGCAAAGAUAGAAAGGGCUACUACCAUUUGUGGAUUUCAUAGCUUUUAUCUCCCUUAUACUAUUUUUUGGGUGGAAGGGUGUGGUGGGAGUUGAAAACAAAUAUUGUACAGAAAGACGAUACCAAGUUGGAAGUCCAGAUUUUUGUGAAGAUGACAGUUGAGAAUUUGCCAGGCUUGGCCUGUUUUUUUUUAAUCAGUUUAUAACAGCGCAGUGCAAAACUUAUUGUGGGUUGCCCUGCUGAUAUUCUUCUAUCUAAUGUAUACAGUUAUACCUAGCAUCAAAUUGAAGAAAUCUGAUUCAACC